ACAUCACCAGUCUUGAGUGUACGGCAGUUUUAUCUAAAUGGCAAUAAUAUAAUCAUUUUUUCGGACUUAUGCCAAGUGGUUUUAAAGACUUGGGGGUCAUACAACAAUUUAUAUAACUUGUUGAAAAAACAUGGAAUUGGGACAUGCCGAUUUGAUCACUUCCAGCUUAGGUGGCUGAAGAAUUCUGGAUUUGUUAAUCUCCAAGUUAAAAAUUGUUCAUUUAUUAUCCAGAAAGAUUUCUAUCAAAUUCUUCACAAAUAUGAUGAGGAGAACAACACUGAUCGUGCAAAAAGAAUUCAGCUUUCAAGUCCAAUUACAAUGAAUAAUCUUACCAAUACAAACCCACAGUCUCAGGGUGGGAAAAAGUAUGGUAACAAUGAUAUUUUGGCUGUUGGUAGAAAGACCUCAAGUCAAAGCUCUGGAUCUUCAGUUCAUAACACAUACACAUAUUUUUCUACUGAUGGAGAUCAAGAUUUUGUAACCUUGUCUGAAGCUUAUAGAUUAUUUGAAACCAAGUUCAGAAGGCCAGACCUUUUAAACCUAGUGUUACACAAUCUAAAGAUAGAUGUAUGUAAGUUAACAGCAAAUGAAAUGGCAAGAGUUGAUACUAAUGCUGGAGUCAUCUGUAAUGAUGACACUUUAAGAGAACUCUAUAUAACUAGAGAAGAUUUUGAGCAAGUCUUACAAUACCCCUCAGCUUUGCUUGAUACAAGUCCAACCACUGUUUCAUCUGGUCAUUUGGAGGCAUUAAGUACUUCUAUGGCCAAGAAAGGGAACAACACAGAAGCACACAACUCAGCUGGAUUAGUUUCUAAUUCCUCUUCAACAACCUCUGAAACACCUGUGUUAUCUGACACUGGAAACUUCUUAGAAUCAGGAAUAGCAAAGGAAAGCAGCAGUGCCACUAGCUGUGUAAUUAGAACUUGCCUGGUGGGGGGUGAAGUUGUUGUGUGUGUUCCUGAUCUGCGCAAAGUCGUUAUUGAUCUGUAUGGUCAAAGCGUCCAAGUUGGCAGCUUAAUGCAUCGGCUUGGAAUUCCAACACACCGUUUCUCAAGCAUGAUCUUGAAGCAUCUCAAAGGUCACAACAUCUUGAGUUCAAGAGCAACCCUUUGUACUUACAUCACAAAGGCAGAUGCUGAAAGACUGCUCAAGAUGUACCACAUGUGUAAUCGUUCCGAGAACCAAAGCGAAGAUCCUCCAAGAAUUGAGUGGAGUGAGCCGAUCAUUCUUGCAAAUGACUUCAAUGCAACCCGUGGAGACCACCUAGCAUCACCACAGAAGCAGCAGUGUGUUCAAGCUGAAUUAAAGGUUCCCUUGUUUAUCAUAAACCAGCAAGUGGUUGUUGCUAUGCCAGAUGUUCAUAGAGCUGUUCAAUUGCUGAAUGGUAACAGUGUGCAGUUACGUUACAAUCUUGACAAGCUAGGAAUCAUCAAACACAAAUACUCCUACUCUGAUGUACUUCAUCUGAAAGUUUUAGGUCACAUUAACAGGCCAAGUGUGUGCACAUACAUCACUAGAGCAGACUUUGAUGUCCUUCUACAGUUUUACACAACUUCUGCGAAUGAAUACAAAUUGAAGUUAAUUGAAUUACAGGAGCCAGUAGUGGUAGAGAGAAUGGAGAGCAAUAAUUAUUCUGACAGCACUUUUAGUUCUGGGGCUGGUGAAGAAGUUGAAGAUGAGGAUGAAACUAAUAAGGAUCAGGUUGAUGAAUAUUCCAUAUCUGAUCUUUACAAAGUAUUUGUGGGUGAUGACCUAGAUUCCACUCAGAGCAGCCAAAAUAAUACUGAUGAUAAUCUACAAGAGCAAAUUUCUCAGUGCAAGUCACUACCAACAAGUGUCAGCAUCUUGCCUUCUUCACAACUCAAUAUUGUUAAUCCUGACUCGGAUAAUGAAGCUGUCAGUGAUGAAUGCCAAGAAAGUACAACGACUUACAAAAUAGUUUCCCCAAGUCUUUCAGAUGCUGGCUCAUUUUCCAUAUCAGAGCUGGUCACUCAUCCCAGUACAACUGUUUCAAGCCAUGUAUCUUCUGUGUCACCUCAGCCUAGUGGGACACCUGAUGGAGGUCAUGUCUGUGUCAAAGCAGUGGAAGGUGAAGAACACAGCAAAAAUAUUAGCCCUCCAGCGACAAGUGUCUUUCUUGUUGGGAUCAGACCCACUGUUGAAAGUCCAAAGGUUGUGUCCAAGGAGACCCAUACUGUUACUGGAACCCAUGUUGUUCAUCCUUCACCUUCUCUUGGCACAAUUCUUCCCGCUUCCGGUUUGCGUGAUGCACACUUCGGUGUCAUCACAGAGCGUGUUCCAUCCAUUCCAACAGAUUAUAACAUCCAUUCAACAUGUGCCACAACUUCUAGCAGAUAUGGGGUGAUGCCUUCAGUUGGUUUGAGUCCUACAAGCUGUGGUAAGAUAUUAGUCUGUGUGUAAUCUUGACUUGGUUGUUUGAUAUCAUUCUUGAUCCUUAAAAUCUACUUCUUUGGUAAACACCCAGGGAAACAACAAUAUACAUUAGGCAAGAGCCUAGUCUCCUACACAGCCAUUUGUUGUGUUGUCACGCAACACCCCUCCCCAAGAAUCAUUCCAAGAGGCAUUGGGUGACAAUAAAAAAAGGCUGCUUGGGAGACUAGCAAGAGCCAAGUGAGGUUCCACUUAAGCAAACUAGCAAUCAGCUCUAUAUCAUGAUCAGUGUGCAAGCACUGAACUAAACCUGCAUGCCCUUACUCCUUUAAGAGAGUUAAUGCACAUUUAUGAAAUACCAGAAAGCCAAAAUUGGUCAUGAAUGGACGGUAUUCAUGCUGCUUCUUUGAACAAGUGCCUUGCAAUUUGCCAGUCAUAAGUGGAAACAACAAGGUAGACAAGCACCAAUUCAUUUUUGUAUCAUAGGUUAUUGAUCAUGUCAAAAUAAUUUCCUUUUUAUGGAAUCAGUGAUUUUACUGCCCAAGCAGACCUACCAUAGGAGAAAAUGUUACAAGCUUGGGUGUAAGCAUCUAAUUUUUCCUGAAAAAUAUUAACACCUUGUCAUCAGAGGUAGUGAGGGAAAAGGAAGUUAUUAUUUUUCCAAUGACUUUUUUUAACAGGUCACUGUCAUCAAAGCAGCAAAAGACCAACUGAAGAUUUAGUGAGUCAUCCAAGAGUGUUUGAACAACCAGCCAAAAAAUGUAGAGGUAUAUUUUGCGUGGGUUGUUUUCAUUGUUAACAUAUUUAAAAUCAAUGUGUUGGGCCUAUUAGCCCCUGAUAUGUACCCUGCAGACUGGAUACAAUACAUUAUUAUUUUGAUCUUCACAAGUCUCUGAUUUCCUUUAUUUCAGUGAGUCAUGAAGAUUUAUUAAAGACCCUUCAGCGUAAAGAAACUGAAAUGAAAAUUUUACAUGGUGAGAGAAGUAGUUUUCAUGAAUUGCUGCUACAGUUGAUCCUUCAUUAAGCUCCUUUUAUGAAGUGCAUGGCCACCCUCUAUUAAUGAGUGGACAGUAAUAAUAUUGUCACAAAGACUAAAUCAUUGUAAAUGAAACCUCUAUUGAGUGGCCACUUCCAUCAAGUGCCCGUGCCACAUUUUGGCCAUCCUGACAAGAGUUCUCUUGUCACCUCUAACAAGGGGCCAACCAUUUGACUUUUGAAGCGGGGGGGGGGGGGUCAUGGUAUGGGCGAUUUCAGAAAAAAAUAUCCUGUAGACUGAUUGCAAGUCUUGCAGGGAAAUAGCUGGGGAAAAAUUAUCUUGCACUGAAAAAAUAUCCCUCAUAGCAUAUAGCAACAGGGUUUGUACAUAUCUUUGGAUCCAAAAUUCAAGACUUUUCCAUACUUUCUUCCAAAACAACAAUUUCUUUUUCCAGACUCAAGGUUAUCAAUAGAGACCUUAAAAAAUGCCGGAACAAAGCUUUUUUCAUGAUGCACUGCAAACAGCCAAGAUUGAAUAAGAUAUCCAAAACUAAAAAAAUAUCACUUCUAAAGCACUUGUUGUAGCUUUGAAAAGUUAGUGCUGUAACAGUGGUGAUGAUAGUGAUAAUGCUGGUGAUGAUGACAGUUCAGUUCAGUUUAUUCACACCUGUAUAUAAUAUUGACACUGUAUAUAGUAACAAGGAAUAAAAAAAAACAAAUAAGAGAAAAAAAGAAAAGAAAGACAUUAAUGGCUUUGGUAGAAGUGUAUGGUGGUCAGAGGAGCUUAGCUUUCGAGCUAGCCACUGCUGACAACUAUGGUAACAGUCAUAGUAACAGUGGUGAUGAUAGUGUUGAAAAUGAAGUGAUGUUAAUGAUUAUUGCAAUGAAAAAAUUGAGGAUGGUGUUGUUGAGGAUGAAAUCUGUCUUAAAUUAACAUGGAGUCACAUGUUGAAAAAAAAACUUUGUAUUGACUUGCAUUUAGAUGCAUAUCAAGGGCAAAUAAAACAGGAAAGAGAAAACAGACUGGCGAUGCAACAAGAGUUGGACCGGUUAAAGGGUAUGUUACUUAUUAUCUUACACUCUUGUCAUGGGCAUUCAAGCCUUAAAUGACAAAGGUACCCUCCUUUUCAUUGUAUCAGGACGAAUAUUGAGAAGCUUCAGCACCUGAGUAUCAGAAACUACUGUUCUGAGCCUUCUUUUUGAGUGGUGGUGAGCUUUCAGGUCUUAAUCCACUACAUACACUAGCUUGAUGAAUUUAUGUAAUCACAAUAUUGUUGUAAUUUGAAUUAUUGUCUUAUCUUUGCACAUAACUCCAAAAAGGAACGAGAUAUAUGGGUGUGGCCAUAUAUGUGUGGCACCUAGUUUAUUUGCUUUGGUUGGGGGUGGGGGUAAUUUGGUUGGUACCAUCCGUCACAUUUUACCCUUCAAUUGCACACCUGAUCAUUCUUCCCAUGCCAAUAGUAGAGCAUUUAACUGCUGAAGCUGUCUCUGCAUAAUCACAGUAGUGGUUGUGGUGGAGAGCCAAUUUUAACCCUUUGAAUCCUCAGAUCAAAAUUUGAAUUCUCUUUUUUUGCCCCUCUUAAUUUCCUACAGAAGUAGUUGGGAGAAGUUUUAAUCUCAAGCAAAUUCAUCUUGUGUGAUCACGUCCAUAAUUCUCAUGACCACUCUGUUUUAUAGAGCAUUGAUAUAACAAGGAGAAAUUUGAUGCUGAUCACUCUUAGGACUUAAGGGUUAAGAUUUCAUAAAUAACGUACUUGUGGUGAUCGACAAAUAACUGUCGUAACGCUCAAGGUUUAUGGGAAGGCGCAUUGUUUUGCAGAUUCUAAUACAGCGCUUUUAAAGAACAUCGAAAGAAAAGAGUUGGAAAUGCAGAUUUUGCAUGGUAACCCAUAUUUUCACUAUCUUUCUCCUGAUGAUAGUAAAGCUAUGUUUUCCUUCUAAAACUCAAAGUGUAACUUCCAUCCUAUCUCCUGAUUCUAACCUUGAUUUGCAAGUGUAGGCUUACAAUAACUUGAGUUUCCUGGAAACUUUGUUUCCAUUUCUUGUGGAACACCUGUUUUAAAAACACACAGAAAUAAUCAUGUAAAUUUGCACUACCCAACCCCCCAACUACCCUAACUUGAAUGGGGGCUAACUAGAAAACCAACCAGAAUUUUUCUUCCUAGCUCGCACCUUUCAUUUCCUUUAUUAGUUUCGUACUUAGAUGAAAUAUCAUUAAGAGCUCAAUAAAGAAUUGUCUUAAUUGUUUUGAAUCAAACUAAGUUGAACUCAAAACACUUAAACCAGGAUUUCACUUUGAAGUCCUCUCGUUUCUUUAUCGUCUUGUUACCACCAAUACCAACAAACACUCAUAUCAUCACGCAUGUUUUCAGAUUCAUACAAGCUGCAGAUGGACUCAGAACGAAAGAGGCGCGAGGAGCUAGAGAAUGAAGUAUUUCAUUUAAGAGGUGAAUACAAUGUUCCUAUGACGUGCUACGAAAUGAAAGCAAGACCAAUG